AUGGCUGCUGUGGGAGGAGCUCCACUUAGCGAAGGUUACCAGAUGUCUCGUCCUACCUGUCUGAAUAAAGCGAAUGAGAAAGAAGUGGACGAACGGCUGUGCGACGUCGCGGCCAGACCCCUCCCGCAAAUCAAAGAAUGCAACCCCCACAAGUGUCCACCAAUGUGGGUGACUGACAGCUGGAGUCCGUGCUCGUCUUCGUGCGGCGGCGGCAGCCAAUCCCGGCAAGUGCACUGCGCCCAAUCCGGGACGGACGGACUGCGCGUGCCCGUUGCGGCCGAGCAUUGUCAGGCGAGGCAGAAGCCGCUGACGGAGCGGCCCUGCAACCUGGCCCCCUGCCCCCGGUGGGUCGCCGGCCCCUGGUCCGGGUGUUCUGUGACGUGUGGCCAGGGCCAGAAGAGUCGGUCCGCGGCCUGCCGGGACGCAAUGGACCAGCACAGCGAGGACUGCGACAUCGAGGCCAUGCCCGCCACCAGGAUCGGCUGCGACAGUGGACUCGUCUGCGCACCCUCCGAAGACCCUGGGACGUACCUCUCGUCUGAUAUUUUCAAAAUGUCUCAGGAAGACGGCCCGCCCCUCGGAGCGCUGGCGAAACCCGUUAAGCCUAAAAAGAAUGCCAUAUCUACACAACCCAGUUACGUGGUCGGCGAUUGGGGGCCCUGCAGUGUCACGUGUGGUCGAGGGCUGCAGACCAGGACCGUCGAGUGCAAGAUCCUGCUGGACUUCUCCAGGACGGUGGCCACCAUCAAGGACCACGAGUGCCCUAUUCUGCGUCCGCCGAACGUGAAGAGCUGCUACCCGCGGCCCUGCUCCUUCGACCUGGGCGGGAAGGACGGGCCGGGCCGGAGGGCCAAGGGGCAGGCCGUGGGCAUCGAGGUCACCUACUCCUGGAAGGACAAAGGGUUCACGCCCUGCAGCGCCUCCUGCCUCGGAGGGACGCGGGAGUCUGUGAUCCAGUGCUUGCGUGACCACGACCAGGCCGUCGUGAAGCCCUCGCUGUGCGACAUCACCCUCAAGCCUGACGCCAUCACGCAAACCUGCAAUGACAUGCCCUGCCCACCCAAGUGGAACGUGACGGACUACGGACCGUGCUCGAAGCCGUGCGGGGGCGGCCUCAUGCGUCGGAAAGUGCAGUGCCUCCACGAGAUGAUCCGGGGCGCAGACAACACGCUGGUGGUGGAAGCCAACAAGUGCCCGCCCCCCAAGCCGCAGGAAGAGAUGUUCUGCAACGUCUUCGACUGCCCCUACCACUGGAAGGCGGACCCCUGGUCCAAGUGUUCGAAGAGCUGCAACGGCGGCUACAAGACGCGCAAGAUCCACUGCAUGAAAGAGAUGGCGUUCGGCCAGGUCCUGGAGUUCGCGCCCUCGGACUGCGCCAAGAUCCGGCAACCCAAGAUCCGGAAGCCCUGCAACGCGAAGCCCUGCCCGACGGACGAGAGCGCGUCCCCGAGGGGGGGCAGCACCUACGUUCAGCAACACCCCCAGCGGCGGGUGUUCCUAAAGGUGGGGGGCACGGCCGUCGUCUUCGCGGAGACCAACCUCAAGAUCAGGUGUCCGAGCAGGAACCACAACAAGACGAACGUGGCCUGGUACAAAGACGACCAACCGGUGGAGUUCGGCAAGCGAAUGAAGAUAUCACUGAAGGGGGCCCUCCGGAUCCGGCGCGUCUCGGUCCGGGACUCCGGCAAGUACAGCUGCGUAUCCGGCUUCGCCCGUGCGGACAUUCACAUCACGGUCAAGCCGCUGCCCGUGGAGGAACGGACGGUCGAGAACCUGAGGCCGCCAUCAACAGGCGGCAAGGGGGUGGACCGGACCAUGGAGGAGAAGCUGAGUCACGAGAACAGGCGUCCCGGCAUCCCCUUCGUCUACCCCAAGCCGAAGGUGACGCAGAAACCCAGGACAGCGGACAACAGUGCGCAGGACACCUUCGAGGACAACCGGCGGCAGUACCACUACAAGACGAACGUUCACAGGAACCAGGACAGCCACCAGAAUUUCGGUCACAAAGGAAAACCCUCUUCAACCGAAGACACCAUUGUGGAAUUCAGUACUCUCGGACGAGUCCCGCUAUACAUUCAGGCCCGACAGACGACCAAGCCGCUGCCCAUUCCAGUACCCACCGAAAAAAUUCCCAUCAAGACUUCCCUAGAUUCAGAUGAACUUCUCCCGAACAGGGACUUCGAGAAGAGCUGGCAGAAGUUGAAGACCAAGGUGCACUCGACUUCGGAGGAAAAGUCCCCCAAUCAGGUGCUGCCACCGCCGAGGUACGGGGACACCUUCAAGCAGACCUACGACGGCUCGCUAUUGGCCAAGAAGAAGCCCAAGGAGGUGUGGCACAAGAACGACGGAGACCUGUUCUCGGACCAGGAGGAGCUCAACGUCGGAACCCCCCACGGGGGGAAGGGCUUCCCCGGCAACCCCGCCCACUCUGGCGCUUCCAGCACCCACGGCUCCUCCCACAUCAAGAACCUGCUGAUGAACCUGCCCACCCUGGGCACGACCAGGGGAGGCCUGAGCGACGACUACGACCCGGAGAUCGCAGACGACGAGAACGACGACGAGGGCGACCACCACCCCACCAAGAUGGCGUCCAACAGCUUCGUCCUGGGCAGGGGCAGCGCGGAGAACCUCCAGUUCGACUGGGUCAUCACGGAUUGGUCCGAGUGCUCGCAGACUUGCGGGGGAAACGGAUUCCAGGUGCGUGCGGCGCAGUGUCUGGUGCGGCUGAACAACGUGUCGCGGAGUGUGGACGGCAGCCUGUGCGAAGACGCGGGGCUCUCGGUCCCCACCACCCUCCAGAGCUGCGGUCACGAGGACUGCCCGCACUGGGAGACGGAGCCAUGGUCACAGUGCCUGGAGACGCAGUGCUUCCGGUGGCAGUAUUCGUAUGAGCGGCGUGCCGUUCUGUGCCGCGCCCCCAACGGCACAGACCUCCCCCCACGCCACUGCGACGAGAAGACGCGGCCGAGGCGGAAGAGGGAGUGCUAUAACUCGAAGUGCACGGCCGAGUGGCGGGUCACCGAAUGGUCGCAGUGCACGGCGGCCUGUGGACGUCCCGGAUUCCAGAGCCGGAUCCUGCAGUGUGUGUGGCACGGAGGCACCCGACCGGCCGGAAACGCCUGCCGCGACCAGCAGCGGCCCCUCGUCAUGCGGCCCUGCAGAGGAAAGCCCUGCCAGUCGAGCGACAGCCACUGCACUGACCGUUCGAGUUACUGCAGCUUAGCAAGAACCUUACACUUGUGUCGUCUCAGUCGCUACCAUCUCCAGUGUUGUGACUCGUGCAGAUACAGGGGGAGGAGGCAGCCCCCGUCCACAGACGAUUCCACACUCUGA